AUGUCUCGAUGCAACAGCCUGCUUGGCCGACCACAACCUCCGCACUUUCUCUCAGACUCGAACAUUCAUCCUCACGUCUCGCCCUACGGUCUCGUCCACACUCUCUGCUCUCAGACGUUCGUUUAUUUGAAAGACGCUCCUUAUUACGGCGAAGUCGAGAAUAAUCAUUACGACAACACUUCAUCCACUACUAAGCCAUCCCUCAAGAACUUUCUUCAGAUGAUUCCAACCGUCCUAGUCGCAGCACUGCCUGCAUUCCUCGCCGUGUUCGCUGGUGUCGCAGAGGCGACGACCUGCAAUGCGACAACGCCCUGUCCCGCUUCUGCUCCCUGCUGCAGUGAAUUCGGUUUCUGCGGAACAGACCAUUUCUGCUUGGGAGGGUGCAAUCCUUUUGCGUCGAGGUCGUUUGAUUCAUGCAGGCCCAAUCCUCUCUGCAAGGAUGCUACCCUGUCGUUUGCAGACCAAUCUCGCAUUCUGUCCAACUACACGCUCUUCGAUGGAAACUCUACGGAAUACGACUGGGUCGUCGAAAGCGGUAAUAUCCAGAACAGCAAUGGCGAUCUGGCUCUCACACUUACUGAGGCGAACGGUGGAACUCGCGUUUCGACGACUCGGUACGUCCAUUAUGGAACAGUCACUGCCAAACUCAAGACCGGUCGCUGGGGUGGUGUUGUUACUGCUUUCAUCACCAUGAGCGACAUCAAGGAUGAAAUCGAUUGGGAGUUCCCCGGUGCUGCUACCACCGAGGCGCAGAGCAACUACUUCUGGCAGGGUGUCAUUCCGACCCCCAGUGUCGGUGAGACACACCGCGACCUCACGGACACCUUCAGCAACUACCACGACUAUACCAUUGACUGGCAACCCGAGACCCUCACUUUCUCAAUCGACGGCUCGGUCGUCCGUACUGUCAGGAAGUCCGAGACCUUCGAUUCAGCUGGCGUUGCGCACUACCCAGUCACCCCUUCGCGUGUCCAACUUUCCAUCUGGCCUGCUGGUAUCGCUGGCAGCGCUCAAGGCACUGUUGACUGGGCCGGAGGCAUGAUCGACUGGAACAACGCCGACUACAGAGCCGCUGGCCAGUUCUAUGCCCUUGUCAGGGAGGUCUCCAUCAGGUGUACCAACGCCCAGCCCGUCUCUGCCACCUCCAACAUCACCUCGUACGUCUACAGUGGAAGCAAGAAUACGUCGACCGCACCCACUAUCCUCUAUUCCAACCGCUCGACACUUCUGAACGGUGCUGGCAACCUCUCGCCCAUUGUUGGUGGCGUUGGUGGAACGAUGUUAGCACUUGCGUUGGGCCUGCUCUUGGGUGCUAACGCGUUGCUGCUGUAG